CGGUCACACUGGUGGAAUCAUAACAAGGAUAAAAUACGCCAAUUACCGCGUCUCUUUGCAAAAAUGGACUUAAUUACAAUUACUAAAAAGAUUGCAACGAUUUAAAGCCGCCCGUGCGUGUGUCCGUUGUGUGUCUAUGACAGUGUGUGAGUGUGUGGCCGCCAGUGAUAAACGCAGUAAACACAGCCGUCGGCGUCGAACGCCACUUGCUGCAACAGCAACUGGAUCACCCAACAACAUCAGCAGCAGCGGCAGGGGCAAAGAGGCAGCAUCCGACACUCACACGCACGCACGCACCGAAAGAGAGAGAGAGAGUGAGCGAAGAGAAGAAGUGAAGAGAGCGUGCAGCAGGAUCGAAACAUAUAUAGAGAGAGGGACAUACGAAUAGAGCGCGCCACAAGAUGAUGAUGGAGAACGGACUCUCCAUGGAGUAUGGAGAUGGCUACAUGGAGCAGGAGGAGGAAUGGGAGCGCGAGGGCCUGCUCGAUCCUGCGUGGGAGAAGCAACAGAAGAAGACAUUUACCGCCUGGUGUAACAGUCAUCUGCGCAAAGCCGGCACCGCCAUCGAUAACAUCGAGGAGGACUUCCGCAACGGCCUCAAACUGAUGCUGCUGCUGGAGGUGAUCUCUGGCGAGACUCUGCCCAAGCCCGAUCGCGGCAAGAUGCGCUUCCACAAGAUUGCCAAUGUGAACAAGGCACUCGAUUUUAUUGCCUCCAAGGGCGUACACUUGGUCUCAAUUGGCGCUGAGGAGAUUGUUGAUGGCAAUUUGAAGAUGACAUUGGGUAUGAUCUGGACGAUUAUCCUACGUUUUGCCAUACAGGAUAUCUCUGUGGAGGAGAUGACCGCCAAGGAGGGUCUGCUGCUGUGGUGCCAGCGCAAGACGGCGCCCUACAAGAACGUCAACGUACAGAAUUUCCAUCUGUCGUUCAAGGAUGGCCUGGCCUUCUGUGCCCUCAUCCAUCGCCAUCGUCCAGAUCUGAUCGACUACGCUAAGCUGUCCAAAGACAAUCCUCUGGAGAAUCUUAACACUGCCUUUGAUGUGGCCGAGAAGUAUCUUGAUAUUCCGCGCAUGUUGGAUCCAGAUGAUUUGAUCAACACUCCGAAACCGGAUGAACGUGCCAUCAUGACGUACGUCUCCUGCUACUAUCACGCCUUCCAGGGAGCCCAACAGGUUGGAAAUGUGACGCAUGUACCCGAACCCACAAGACAAUACACCUACGUCCCGAAUAAUUACAAUGCGGAAACGGCUGCCAAUCGCAUCUGCAAGGUGCUGAAGGUCAAUCAGGAGAAUGAGCGCCUCAUGGAGGAGUACGAGCGUCUGGCCAGUGAUCUGCUGGAAUGGAUACGCCGCACCAUGCCCUGGCUGAACUCUCGCCAGGCGGACAACUCGCUGGCCGGUGUGCAGAAGAAGCUGGAGGAGUAUCGCACUUAUCGGCGCAAGCACAAGCCACCACGUGUCGAGCAGAAGGCCAAACUGGAGACGAACUUCAAUACGCUGCAGACCAAGUUGCGGCUAUCGAAUCGUCCCGCUUAUCUGCCCACCGAGGGUAAGACCGUCUCGGAUAUCUCCAAUUCGUGGAAGGGCCUGGAGCUGGCCGAGAAGGCAUUCGAGGAGUGGCUGCUGGCCGAGACCAUGCGCCUGGAGCGACUCGAGCAUCUGGCCCAGAAGUUUAAGCACAAGGCCGAUGCCCAUGAGGAUUGGACGCGUGGCAAGGAGGAGAUGCUGCAGUCGCAGGACUUCCGCCAGUGCAAGCUCAAUGAGCUGAAGGCCCUUAAGAAGAAGCACGAAGCCUUUGAGUCUGACCUGGCUGCUCACCAGGAUCGCGUCGAGCAGAUUGCCGCCAUUGCCCAGGAACUGAACACCCUGGAGUACCAUGACUGCGUGUCGGUGAAUGCCCGUUGCCAGCGCAUCUGCGAUCAAUGGGAUCGCUUGGGCGCCCUCACUCAGCGCAGGCGUACCGCUUUGGAUGAGGCCGAGCGCAUUCUGGAGAAGAUUGACAUCUUGCAUUUGGAGUUUGCUAAGCGGGCGGCACCGUUCAACAACUGGCUGGAUGGCACACGCGAGGAUCUGGUGGAUAUGUUCAUUGUCCAUACCAUGGAGGAGAUUCAGGGCCUAAUCCAGGCGCACGAUCAAUUCAAGGCCACCCUGGGCGAGGCCGACAAGGAGUUCAAUCUGAUUGUGAAUCUUGUACGCGAGGUGGAGUCGAUUGUGAAGCAACACCAGAUACCCGGCGGUCUGGAGAAUCCCUAUACCACCCUAACCGCCAACGAUAUGACGCGCAAGUGGAGCGAUGUCCGUCAGUUGGUGCCGCAGCGUGAUCAAACUUUGGCCAACGAGCUGCGCAAGCAGCAGAAUAACGAAAUGUUGCGACGUCAAUUUGCCGAAAAGGCCAACAUUGUUGGUCCCUGGAUUGAGCGACAGAUGGAUGCUGUGACGGCCAUUGGCAUGGGACUCCAGGGAUCGUUGGAGGAUCAACUGCAUCGGCUGAAGGAGUACGAGCAGGCGGUGUAUGCAUACAAGCCGAAUAUCGAGGAGCUGGAGAAGAUCCAUCAGGCGGUCCAGGAAUCGAUGAUCUUUGAGAAUCGUUACACCAACUAUACGAUGGAGACGCUGCGCGUCGGCUGGGAGCAGCUGCUCACCUCGAUUAAUCGCAACAUCAACGAGGUGGAGAACCAGAUCCUAACCCGCGACUCCAAGGGCAUAAGCCAGGAGCAGCUGAAUGAGUUCCGUAGCAGCUUCAAUCAUUUCGAUAAGAAUCGCACUGGCCGUCUGUCGCCCGAGGAGUUCAAGUCAUGCCUCGUCUCGCUGGGCUAUUCGAUUGGCAAGGAUCGACAGGGCGACAUGGAUUUCCAGCGUAUUCUGGCCGUCGUGGAUCCCAACAACACUGGCUAUGUGCACUUUGAUGCCUUCCUGGACUUUAUGACCCGCGAGAGCACCGACACCGAUACUGCCGAACAAGUCAUUGACUCUUUCCGAAUCCUGGCAGCCGACAAGCCAUACAUUUUGCCCGACGAACUGCGCCGCGAAUUGCCCCCAGAUCAGGCUGAAUACUGCAUCCAGCGCAUGCCCCCAUACAAGGGACCCAACGGAGUGCCCGGCGCCCUGGACUACAUGUCCUUUAGCACAGCCCUCUACGGCGAGACCGACUUGUAGGCGAAUCCGUUUGAAAGUGGGAAGCAAGAGCAGGAGCAGGAGUAGAAGGAGCCGAUCCGAUUCGAGCUGAGCCCGAUCAUAUAAUAAUGAUAAACUUUAAAUAAUAAUAUUAAUAAAUAUAGAUUUAUUAUACCUACGCAGGAGAACUUCAGAGCAUCAUGUGUGAGGAUGAAUAUAUUUAUUAAUUUUCCGUCUCGAGCCGAUUGUAUGCGACACACACACACACAUACAAACAACAACAAAAGAAAAACUAAAAGAAAUUAUGAAAAUGAAAUGAAACCACAUACAUACAACAUACAUUAUAUACAACCAUAUAUA